CGCUUGAGAGAAGGAUGAAUAGAACGGACUGCAAUUUCCAGUGUUCUAAUAGAUCAGCAGCUGUCUAAGAUAGACCAUUUCUUACUUUUCCUGAGUCAUAAGGGGUUAUAAAUGUUUGAGUCAUAAAGGGUUAAAAACAGAAACAGCGUGUAUGGAGUUGUCUUCCUUAUGAAUUUUGGGUGGAGUUGUAACGUUUUGAGGUUAAGAGGUCUUUGAGGAUGGGGAAGAGAUACUUCUGUGACUAUUGUGACAGGUCUUUUCAAGACAAUCUUCACAAUCGCAAAAAGCAUAUAAAUGGUGUGCAGCAUCAGAGGGCAAGGAAAGCAUGGUUUGAUCUGUUCCGAGAUGCUGCAACUACCUUGACUGAAGAACAGGAUAAGAAAGUUUGCAGGAAAUUUCAGCAGACAGGUCGCUGUGACUUUAGUAACAACUGUCGAUUUUCUCAUAUGAGUGAGGAAGACCUUGAGAGACUGAAGCUACAGGCUGAAGAAGAACGGCGCGCAAAGGAGAAGGGUACUUCAGGGAAAGACUAUGGCAUAGAUGCCCCAAUUGAUUUGUGGUUGUCAAAGAGGAAGAAGCAGAAUAAACCUGUUCCUAUUAACAGCAGCUCAGAGAGGGAUGAAACAGAAGUAUCUGACUUCCAUUUACCACCGGGAUUGCCAGAUCUACAGAACCUUCCUCCUUCCCUUCGUCCACCAUCUUCAAGGACAUGGAACUUUCCUAGCAAUAUUGAAUGGGGAUAAAAUAUAGUAAACAUUUUAGGUGGACAUGUUUUGUGGUACCAUUUUUUUUACUUUGGUAAUUUUAAUGCAGUGAAGUGCUACACAAAGUCCCCUUCAGGAUCAUCACCCCAGUACAGUGUAUGCCACAAAUGAGCAUCUCAAGCAGUGCAUGGCACAACAUCAGUACCCCGAGAAAAUAUAUAUCACAUUGGCUACACAGAGCAACAUAUGCAAAGACUUUAACAGUGUGAGAUAAAGAUUUAGAUGCUCUUCACUGCAAUGUUUCAGCAUUGAGCAGUUGUAAUGCAUCUCAUUUGUACAGAAUGCUUGAAUGUCAUAUUUUGUGUAAAUGCUGAAACUUCAUAAUUAAAGACUUUAAUUAAAGGGGA